AGAAGAAGAAGUCGAAGAAGAAGAGGUAGAAGAUGAGCAAGGUGAUGAAGAGGAAGUAGAAGAUACAGAAGAAAAUAAAAUUGCUGAAGAGGCUCAAGAAACAGAUACAAGAGAUGGAGGAAAACCCAAGACAAAACUGUUUAUGACCAACAUUGUGCCACCUAAAAUCCCAGAUGGAGAAAGAGUUGACUUUGACGACAUCCAUCGGAAACGUAUGGAGAAGGAUCUUCUGGAAUUACAGACCUUAAUUGAGGUGCACUUUGAGAAUAGAAAGAAAGAAGAGGAGGAAAUCAUUGCUUUGAAAGAAAGGAUUGAAAACCGCAGAGCAGAAAGAGCAGAACAGCAAAGGAUUCGGGCUGAGAAAGAAAAGGAGAGACAAUCGAAGAUUGCUGAGGAAAGAGCCAGAAAAGAAGAGGAAGAAUCGAGAAAGAGAGCAGAGGAAGAUGCAAAAAAGAAAAAGACUAUGUCAAACAUGUCCUUGCAUUUUGGAGGUUACAUGCAAAAGACUGAAAUUCGUCGAGGAGGCAAAAGACAAACAGAGAGGGAAAAGAAGAAGAUGAUUCUGGCAGAGAGGCGCAAAUCUCUAGAUAUCGAUGACCUGAAUGAAGAUGAACUGAAGGAGAAAGGCAGGGAGCUGUGGAAGUGGCUUUACCAACUGGAAGCAGAAAAGUUUGACCUACAGGAGAAAAUGAAACAACAGAAAUAUGAGAUUAAUGUACUUCGAAACCGAGUCAAUGAUCACCAGAAGGUCUCAAAGCGUGGCAAGGGAAAAGUUUCAUGUCGUUGGAAAUGAGGGAAAUGUGGGAAUGCUUCUGAUAUUGGGCAGGAACAUUUGUCAAAUGAUCCUGUAAUCUCAACAACAAUUGUUCGAUCACCCUCAGUCAUCAAGUAUCACAUCCAGUUUAACUCUUUUAGUUUCUUUGAAAGAAUAUUCUCAGUUUAAUACUGUAGUUAUCACAUCAUUCAAUGUUUUGGUAUCUAUAAUAACAAAGCCCUUGUUUUGUUUUAAGUAUUUCACUUUUUGUUCAAAGUGGUCAAGGUUUUGCAUAAUAGUUGUUUCUUUGUAGUGAAUGAAAUCUGACAACUAUUUAAGUAUUUAUGAAAGCAGAAAGCAAAUUACUGCAAACCAUAACUAUGGGAGAACUAUUUCUGGAUUGCUGCUUUGUGCUGGACUAUCAAUUGGAUAGAGCUGAUGAUUUGAGGCGUUUGAAUAUUUUGAACUAGUUUGUAAAGAAUGUUUCAUGAAGAACACAUAAUAAUCUUAUUUCUGAGCUAGCGCUUCUCCAGAAAGAAGCUGCAAUUGCAGAGAUAGUGAAGAUUCAUUCUCUAAAUUCUAGUUUAAGAUAAUUCAGCAUGUGUAUUGAACCGAAAUUCUGUAUAUUGUAGGCAUAACAAUGCACAGUAGAAACUAUAAACAUUUUGAAUUUCAAAAGAAUAUUCAUGAGCUGAACAUUUUAAAAUUGAAUUAAUGGUUAAAAUAACUGACAUGAACAAAAGUCAUUAUGAACCACAUGAUUUGAUAAAUCUCCGCACAAAGUCAAAUGAAUUAUUUGAAUGUGUUUAUUAAUGUGCCCAAUUCUGGCUUUUUUAAUUAUGGCACAUGUUUCUAAUUGGCUCACAGUCAAGGCAAAUGAGCUAGAGCUGAUUUAUGAUGCAAUUUUAUUACUGAUAUCCUGGUUGCGAAAUAGAAUCUUGAUGUUUUGCAAUAUAAUAAGUAUUAUCUAAUAAAUUAGGUUCAUAGCCAUUUGAAAGUGUUUGUUACCUUUCCAUUGUAUCAUUAAAGCUGCAACAGAGAAAUCA